UUGUGUGACAUUGACCUGAUCAGUAUUCAGGGAGGGUGUGGGGGUGUGUUGCUGCCUUUAACCCUCCUGGCUUUCUGCUCCUCGCUCUAUCACUUGUGUGGAGUUUGCGGAGCUGCCACAAGCCUCAGGAUCAGGAACCACAGCAAAGAGAGGAGAGAAAAGGACAAGACCUGGGCUUUUGUUUUGCAGACAUGUCUGGAAAGUCGAUAGAGGAGAUUGUGAAAGAUAUUAAUUCCACCAGAUGUGUUGGGAUUGAAAUCACCAACAACAGCAAACAUUUCAAGCUGUCUCUGCCUGCGACCUAUGCUUACUGUGGCCGUGUGAACAGCCCACCAGACCCCACCAUAGAAAAAGGACAGAAGGGAGUUUCUGUGUUCAUCAAGACUCCGCUGUCACUCUACGGCUGUGUUGGUGUCCUGAGCUACAUGUUUGAUGACAAGCAAAUAUCCUUGCUUUUCUCCAACCCUCUCGAUCAAUUCAAGUAUAAUGUUGAGUAUGCUCUGUAUGCUCCUGACCAAAAGACAGCGACCGAUGAAGCUUUAUAUAACAAGAUGUACUCAGAACUUCAGGAGUCCACAUCCUUCACAAAGGCGUCCCUUGGCAGAGGGAAUGUGGCGCUACAGGUUGUCACUGACCAGAUGGAGGUGAUAGCUACAAUGGCAAAUGAGCUAACGACAGGUAUCUCCAUAAUCAAACUGCAGGUCCGAGAUGCUUCCUCAACUCCUUUCAGGCCUAACUAAACAUGAGGUUUGGUGAGGGACGAACGGAUACCUGCAUCUGGGUCUCUAUUACAGCAUCACUGUAUUUAGCCGUCCUCCCCCCAGAUUGUAAAACAAGCCCAGCUUCCAAAUCAAGAUUGAAUUGAAGAAUUUUCCACCAUCCUGACUGUCCAGGCGGAUGUUAACAAUCCCAUGACACUAUUCAAAGAGAAAGGAGUUUCUCAUGGUGGCCUGGCCAACAAUUCCCCGAAUAAAAUUGUUAUUAAAUUUCGGUCUAGAUGGAAUUAUAGGCCUCUGAACAAUCAGUUCUGAUCAAGUCUACUGAUUUAAGAUCAUAGAAUCACAGAAUUAUACUGCACAGAAGGAGGUCAUUUGGCCCAUUGUGUCUGUGGAGUCUCUUUGAAAAGAGCUUCCAAAUCAAUCCCACUCCCCCGCUCUCUCCCCAUAGUCCUGCAAAUGUGUCCUCCCCAAAUAAUGAUCUACUUCUCUGUUGAACGCUGUUUAAAAGGUGUGGGAACUCCUUGAAACGGACCUGGCUCCAAGAUGAUACACAUGUCAGUUUUGAGUCCGCCCUCAGUUUGUUUCUAUGUGUAUAAUAUAUGAUAUAUACAUAGGAAAUAAAUCCUGAUCUUUUGUGAAUGAUUUAUGGGAUCAUCGUGUGAUGCAGUGGUUUGGAAUAAAAGGUUAUGGAAAAUCAA